CCUCCACUCACAGCCUUAUUUACACUCAAAUCUCAAAUAGUUUUGGUUUGUAAAACAAUAGUUCAAGUGUUUUGUGUUUAUUGUACCCAUCAUUUAAAGUCACAAUCACUCAUGACUGAGCUUUUCUCCCUGUUUUUUUCUCUUUCAUGUGCAGCCUAUUAAAAUAAUAUCAGGUUUAAUGUUUGGAUAACUUAAUGUGUAUUUCACCUGCAUUCACAUCACACACAGCAGGUAUGUGUGUCGUCUGUCCUUGACUCACUGUAAUGUUGUCAUUUAAUUUGCAUUGGACAUUGUGUACAUGAUAUGUUGUGGUUUUCUUGGAGCAGCUGAUAUAAAUGCAGAAUUUUAAAGCAGUUUAACGAUUUAAAGGCUUUUUAUUGGAUAUUACGUCAUUCAAUGCGACUACGCAUUACUUUACCGAGAGCUUACGGCCUACUAACUAUGUUCUGCCUUUAAGAGCAUGUGGUGCAACCGAAGUAAGAACAAAUUUAGUUACAAACUAGCUAGUGGUUACUAAGCCUCUAGUGUGCACUUUAUGUUCCAGCUCAAGCAAUAGCCUACCAACAGCUGGUGCAACCCUACCACUGAUCUAUACAGAAGGACCCCUACUCUGGUGGAGUAAACCUGACUUUCAAUCAUCACAACAAAUGAAAACAAAUUUGUUAUCCUGACCAACUAACAAUUUCUGGACAAAAACUUUCAGCAAGUCUGAUACAGGUUAGGAGAGAAGCGCGAUCAUGCACCGCCAUCCUCCACGCCAGAAGAGCUGCAGCUGCUAGAAGGACUCAGGGAAGUGUGUAUGUGUCGCUCUGGCCAUGGAUGACUUCACUACACGCACCUAUGGCACCAGUGGCAUGGACAACAGGCCUCUGUUCGGGGAGACCUCGGCCAGGGAUAGAAUCAUCAAUCUAGUAGUUGGUGGACUUGCAUCUUUACUUGUUCUGGUGACCAUCAUUAGCUCAUUCGUCUUCCCUUCACUGCCUCCCAAACCACUCAAUAUAUUCUUUGCCAUCUGCAUCAUGCUAGUCUGCGGCUCAGUGUUGGUUCUGAUAUACUGGUAUAGGCAGGGCGAUCUGGAGCCGAAGUUCCGCAACUUGAUCUACUACAUGCUCUGCUCCAUCGUUCUGCUGUGUAUCUGUGCCAACUUGUACUUUCAUGACGUGGGACGUGAUAAACAGAGCAAUGCCUUAUAAAAACCACAGGAAGCGCAGAAUGUUCAUCGUCAUGUGGGAGCUUUGGAAACCCACAUAAACACCACUUGAAUUCUUGAAUCAGGAGAAUUCAUUUUCCUACAAGCCCCGUUUGUGUGGGCAGGCCAGUCUGCCUUUGGGAGCCAUAUUAAUGCACAUAAACAUAUUACAGAUGCAAAUAUGUUGGCGAUCAGUAGCACUCUGGGAUGUCCGUGCACACGUUUGCACCCUCAAUGCUGUACACAGCUUAACUUGUAUGCCAAUGUAAAGACAAGACCGGAGUUUUUGAGAUAAGCCAUCCACAAUGCUUUUAUAUUUGUACAUGAUACAUCUAUGGUACACAUUCCUAAUGAAGAAAUUGCUUAUUUUGUAUUUAAAUUAUUAGAAAAGCAAUCUCGAAUAAGAGCACUUGAUUAAAAACAUGCAGCGGUUG